AUGGCGACAGAGUACCAGUUCCAAAGGACAAGACCUCGGGUUCCCAUCAGUGCCAUGUUUAGCGGCCCUGGCGCGGCAAGAUAUUUCUUACCAAACUGCACAGGUUUUGUCGGUCACGAUUUCUCGAAACUUAAAGCUCCCGCUUAUUCCUUUGGUACGAAGAACAAAGACAAUUUGAGGGCAUCCACAACACCCGGACCUGCCGCAUACUCUUUGGAGAAGGGUUUAACUCGGAACGGUACCGAUGGCUCUGAGAAGUACAGUUUAUCGGGACGCACUAAAUUAGGCGGAUCUUUCCAAACGCCGGCGCCUUGUAAGUACAUUUUAUGCUUUUAUCGUAGUUGAUGCUUUUAGUUGUUUAAAUUUUGCCGGGUAUAGUGUAAUUUGUGUAUAUUUUAGGACAAUAGCAAUCUCCAGUUCAGUAUAAUAUCAAUCGCGUCCUUGGAUACCACACGUGUAUCUGAAAAAUACCGUAACAUUUAUGUUACAAAGUAACUUCCGUGAAAACAUGCGUUUGAUUAUAAUUAUAACCUGUCAACAGAUUUAACCGUCUUUACAUGAAGGGAAAGCAACCGAAUAUGUUGCCUGGUGUUACUCACUUUUCUUCCCCUAUUGAAAAAAGAGUGUAGGGCAGUCUAUAAAAAUUGUAACAUUAUAGUAAUCAACGAGAAUAGCCACAACAAGAAUAUCAAAACAGCAAUAGGUUUAUGAGCAAAUAGUUCUGAACAUACAUCACAUUUUUUAAUUCUUUGCCUGUCACUGUAUAUAAUGGCAUGAAAUGUUUGACUGUAGUCUCUUGUUGAAAAGACGUAAACGCAGUAUUCUAUGAUAUGUUUGUGUGCAUCCGUUGCACGAUACAGUCUAACCUCUCCAUAUCGACACCUCUAUAAUUAAUACAGAUACCUCUCUAUUACGGACAGUUCGUUUGAUCCCAGAAAUGCCAAAAAUCAUACAUUACCUACCUCUAUAAUACGGACACCUCUGUAGAGCGGACACUUGGUUCUGUCCCUUUGGUAUUCGUAUUAAAGAGGUUUGACUGUAUAUGAUUCAAGGAAAGUAAAUGUUGUCAAGGCAUCCAGAAUACUAUCUUCUGGUCUCAGGUAUUUGCUGAUUGAUUGAUUACUGACUGGUAAUCAAAAAUCAUAAGAAAAUAAAUUGUUCUAAAGAUAAACUGAUCUGAGAAAACGUUUUAUGGGCUUGAGUUAGUUGGUCCGUCUGGAUUAUGAGCUCUUGGUAUAACAAUAUUACACUAUUGCAAUGCACUGACGGCAUUGUGAUGUUGAAGCUCUUCAACAUCGUGCAAUAGUAUAGGAAAUCUGUCUUUUUCUUUAAAAGUUUCCUUUUUAACAAUCCUUUCACUUUUCAAGGGGAUUAUGGGCCAGAGAAAAAGCCUGUUAUGAAGCAUCGCUUUCCCCCUUCCUAUUCCUUUGGAUCUCGUACACCAUACAACAAGAAGGACAAUUUUCCUGGCCCUGAUACUUACACUAUGCCACCAGUGCUGGGAUCAAAGUCAGUUGGAAAGACUUCUGCACCUUGUUAUUCAAUGACAGGAAGGUCAAAGAUUGGAAGUUUUCAUGAGGAUUUACAGAAGGUUUGUUAGAUUUAUUAACAUUGAAUACGCCAGUUUCAAACUAUUUAAGUUAUUCUUGACUCCAAGGUCAAGAGGUGUACAACAAAAGAUAUCACUCUGAGAUUCGGGGUUUAAUAACAAUAUUCAUUUCUUUUUUACUUUACUUCCCUAACUUGUUGACCUUUAAAAUGCAGACCUUUGUUGUUUGAUUUUCUCAUAGACCCCUGGUGCAGGCACAUACAAGGUGGUUGAUCCAAAUGUCUACAAGAACAGGAAACCCAUCUAUUCCAUGAAUGCACGUAACUUUGCUCCAGGAGACAACACAAGAAAACCAGGGCCUGGGGCUUAUUCUCCAGAAAAGGUAAAUAAAAUUUAAUGUUGAUUCCUAGAAUGCAAUAUAUUUGUGGAUAAUCAAUCAAAGUCAUCUGAUUGUAAUGUAAUCCAAUUGAUUCAAACACGUACACAAUCCAUUCCUGAAUUGCUAAUCAAAGCACAGGCCACCCAAACUCACAUUACAAGAAAAGGGUGUAAGUGAUUUACAUGCCAUAGCUUUUUGCUGGCCUUUCCUGUGAUGAUGUGUUCAAUGCUUUUUUAGGGUUUGCACCUAUCAAAUAUUGUGUUUCUCACACAAACACUCCUAGUUUCAACAUUCGCCUGUAAUGCAACACCUGCAUGUCCAGCGCAAAGGUCACGUGUCGCCUAUCCCUAAAGGUUAAAAAAAAGGUUAAAGGCUUGUUUACAGUGGAAAUUGCACUUAGCUUGUCCAGCUAAUUUACAGGCACUCCACUCAAAUAUUUAGAAACAAAUAAUUCAAAUACAACAUAACAGGAUUAAAAAACCCCAACUGGCAGAAGGCGACCAGUUGGCUAUUUACAAGCGUGGCCGAGAAUUUGAACUUGGGACGAGCGAGCACAAAUCCAGCAAGUGGCCAGAGCGGGACUCGAACCCGGGAUCGCUGGAUUGCGAGUCCGACGCGCUGACCACUCGGCCACGCUGCCUCCUGUCCUCGUUACGUGAGUUUGCGCUGCCUGUGAUCAAAGUCAUUUGAUGUGAAUUUACUGUUCUUUAGACAAUAGUGAAUGCUAGUAAUAUCAUCAAAGUCAUAUGAUGCUGAUACUUGAAUAAGCGAAUCCAUUUCUAGAAAAGAGGAACUAUAUGCUAAGUAUUUUGACCGUUAAAUUGAAAUGCAUUCUUUGAUUUAUUCUUUUACUUUUUCUUGCAGUUCUGGCUCCAUAAGAGACGAGCACCCAAAAUCUCUUUUGGCAUUCGACAUUCUGAUUAUAUAGCUCCCUUGAUUGUUGAUCCUAUUGAUUAAUGCAACUCCUUUAAUCAGAGGUUGAAUUAUUAAUAAAUUAUUCUUCCAGAAAUUAUCUGUAAACUGAAGCUUUUCCUCUUUGUUCAUGAUGAACUUUGUGGCCUGGCUCAAUACUUACUCAGUGUUCAAAAAUUAAGAAGAACAUUAAUUUGGAAAAAGAAGACCUUUUUUUGUAUACAUAAGUACAAAUCCCUUUCUAAUUAUGAUUUCUGGAGUGCUGAAACAGGCUGUAUAGAAAUUAGUAAUUGUCGUUUCCUGGUGCAAGAAACAACUUGGUCAUCAAGAGAAGUUAAGAAGAAACAAGAGUGUCAUUUAGACAUCAACUUUGAAAUUUUGAAUUUAUAAGGGGAAAAGGCCUGAAUUUAACCAGUUAUUUUCUUCAGUGUGAUAGUGUUUGUAGAAUAAAAUAUUAUCUUCAUAACAUGUUUUUGGUAAGUUAGCCAGAUUUUUUCUGCUGCAUGAUAGUUUUUGUAAAAUAAAAUAUUAUUUGGUUCCCUAACCCAAUUCUUUGAUGGAAAGUUCCUGUUAUUUCCUGCACCGUGAUUGGUGUUUGUUAAAAAAUAAUAUGGUGAUGUUACAUUAUUGGCAAUGAAUAGCAGCUUAAUAGUAAUGAGUAGAUGGCAUCAAGAAUGGUCAAAUUAGUUUAUUGUUUUUUUAAAAUUAAAAUCACAAGACUGGAGACGUGUUCAUCCCACUUAAAUGUAAUGGUACGUUUAUGUACAAAAUGAUUAAUGAAGGACAUAAAUGUAUUUUACUUGUUUUUUCUAUCUCUUAAACUGCAGGAAGAUUUGUCUACAUUUGACAAAAAGAUUUUGGAUUUUAAUGAAGCUUGAAUGAAUGUAAACUUUUUUUACAUGUAUUACUGAUGUUUCCACUGCCAUUGCUAAAACUGUUGCCUAAGCUCUCCAUUGAUUCUUUCAGAGCUCUACUAGAAUUCUAGUAAUUUAAAUAAUGUGCAGAUUAUAUACGUGAUAAGACUAAAUUUAAGUUCUGCGUAUCUAUACAUUACCUGUUUUGUAAGUGUAUAUAUUGCAUGGGCUUUACUGCCAUCAUUUGUUCAGGAAAAUAAAAAUCAAGAGAACUUA